GGCCCCCAGUAAAACGUGAUUUGGCCAAAGUCGCUAAAUGAUAAAUUGAUACCUUAAAGAAAUGUUGUUAUUCAACAGUAAAUCUCUGUUAAUGUCGACCAGACCUCGUUUGUUAAGCCAUUUGCGAGGUUGUCUUCUUCCCAAUCAAUCAAAACUUUCAUGUACGAGGAAUUGUGGACGACAUUCAUGGAGCUCCUUUCACUGGCAGUUCAGUGUGGGUGCCAAAUACCCUGUACACAGUGUCCAAACAUUUAUCCGAGUCUUUAGAGAUGCCUUGAUCAAACGGUUUCCAGUGGCCCCCAUCACGAGGUGUACAUCCCAUCUGACAGGGCGUCUCUUUCCCCGUCUUGUCACCAUCCCUGCCGUCUGUCUAGCGACGGGGCUUACGGUGUAUUCACAUGUCAGCCAGAGCGUCGACUGCACGGCCAAACAUGCGAAAUCUCGACUGGUUGGCCACAAGAACAGCUCCGACAGACCAGAACCCGAGUUCGACUGGAAAGGAUUCCUCAAAAUAGUUCUUCCAGAAAUCUGGUAUCUCAUCGCUGCUGUUGUUAGUGCACUAGCAGUAGCCGUUGUCAACAUAAAUAUUCCACUGCUGAUGGGUGAAUUGGUGAACGUGGUGUCAAAGUUCACAACUCAGACAGCUAACAACUUUAUUGAGGAAGUUAGAAAACCAGUGAUGAAGCUCAUAGCAACAUACGCUGUACAGGGCAUUCUUACUUUCUUCUACAUCUCUCUUCUGUCAACUCUUGGAGAACGAGUGGCCUUGACCAUGAAGAAGCAGCUGUUUGCCUCACUCUUGAGUGAGGACAUCGCGUUCUUCGAUAAACACAAGACUGGGGAACUCAUUGACAGGAUAACAACAGAUAUUCAAGAUUUCAAAAGUUCCUUCAAACUCUGCAUAUCACAGGGUCUUCGUUCGGUAGCUGAGACAAUCGGCUGUGUAGCAUCGCUGAUGAUGAUAUCAGUAAAAUUGACUGGUGUCAUGAUCGUUGUGGUUCCUGGUAUUAUUUUUGUGGGAACGUUGCUAGGAAACAGUCUUAGGACGUUAUCUCGUGCCUCUCAGGACCAGAUUGCCACGUCAACGGCUGUUGCCGAUGAGGCUAUUGGAAAUGUGCGCACCGUGAGAGCCUUUGCCAUGGAGGACAAGGAGAAAGAGUUAUACGAUCACCAGGUGGAAGAGGCGUGUAGACUGAACGUUCAGCUUGGAGUUGGAAUCGGGGUCUUCCAGGGUCUGGCUAAUGUCGCCCUUAAUGGCAUUGUACUGGGGACAAUUUUUGCUGGCGGAUGGAUGUUGUCUGUGAAUGAACUAACUGCUGGAGACCUCAUGUCUUUCCUGGUGGCCACGCAGACCAUUGAGAGAUCUCUAGCUCACAUGUCACUGUUAUUUGGCCAGGUAGUUAGAGGAAUCGGAGCAGGAGCUCGAGUGUUUGAGUUCAUCAAUGCAAAACCUGACAUCCCUCUGAAGGGUGGAGAGACGAUACCAUUCCACAGUGUGUUAGGAAAUAUAAACUUCGAAGAUGUGACUUUCUCGUACCCGACCCGAUCUGAUCAAACCGUGCUGCGUGACUUCAAUCUGUCAGUCCCAGGGGGCACUGUUGUUGCGCUAGUUGGAUUGUCAGGGGGAGGAAAGUCAACUGUUGCUGUUCUCUUGGAAAGGUUCUAUGAUGUGUCUAAUGGGAAGAUAACUCUAGAUGGCAAGGACAUCAGGACUUUAGAUCCAUCAUGGCUACGGGGGAAAGCAAUGGGAUUCAUCAACCAGGAACCUGUUUUGUUUGCAACAUCUGUGAUGGAGAACAUACGUUAUGGUAAACCUGAUGCGACAGAUGUUGAGGUGAUGGAGGCGGCCAAGCUGGCAAACGCUCACGACUUUGUGACUCAGUUUCCGCAAGGUUACCACACAGUGCUGGGUGAGAGGGGGGUCACCGUGUCAGGGGGACAGAAACAGAGGAUUGCCAUUGCUCGUGCCCUCAUCAAGAACCCCUCCAUUCUCAUACUGGAUGAGGCUACCAGUGCGCUGGAUGCAGAGUCAGAAAGAGUUGUACAAGAAGCAUUAGAUAGAGUCAUCAAAGGUCGCACCGUCAUCGUGAUCGCACAUCGUCUGAGCACCAUCAGGAACGCAGACUUGAUUGCUGUUGUCGCAAAUGGAAAGAUUGUUGAGAAAGGAACUCACAAGUCAUUGAAACAGAAGAGAGGUCUUUACUGGGAGCUGAUUAGAAAACAGGAACUGGAAGAAGAAAUUUUAGUUCACGAAAAACAAGAAACUGAAUUUUAAUUAGUCAAGUGAAUAGUGAUAAUUAAUACAAUCUGUGAUAUGUGACAUUUUAAAAAUUAAUAAGUAAUAAUUCUAACAGGGACUUGAAGAAGAUUCUUCAUGGAUCCAAGUACAUGUAUUACUAAUAGUCAUGUAUGUGUAGUGAGAGCUGGAUAUGACAGUUGAAGAGUUAAUAAACAGUUAUAAUACGCA